AUUGCCCACAUCCGUGAGUUAGUGCGUGAUAAAAUUCUUGGAGCGCAUAAUUUGCAUAAUUUAUAGAGCCGCCUCAUACGCGGCCGCCUCCGCGCACGCACGGCGAUCCGGACCUCCUUCCUGUGCAAGUGCUGACUGGGACCUCCACCCUCCCUCUUCCUCCUCCCUCCUCCCCAGAUGGUGCGCUCGAGCACAUCCACUUUCCAGUCGAUGGAGGAGCUGCACGAUGAGAUCAAGCUGAAGCUCGGCUCGAAGACGCUCGAGCCGUUCGGCCACGGCGGCGGCGGAUGCAUCAGCUCCGGCCAGGGCUACACGACCGACCACGGCAAGGUCUACCUAAAGGUCAACAGCAAGGCCAAGGCAAGACGGAUGUUUGAUGGUGAAUAUGCAAGUCUGAAAGCCAUAGCAGAAACACACACUGUCAAGACACCAACACCUAUGUUAGUAUUAGACAAUCCAAGCGGCGGUGCACUGCUUGUAAUGGAGCACUUGGACAUGACAGGACUAAGUAAACACGACGCAGAGCUGGGGCGGCAGCUGGCAAGGAUGCACCUACAUAACGAGUCUGUCGGGAAGCAGACGAAGAAGGCGGAAGCAUCCGUGCACAAGGACGAGGAUGCGGUGGAGUACGUCAGCAAGUAUGGCUUCGACACGACGACGUGCUGCGGUUUCCUUCCCCAGGAUAACACAUGGUGCGACGAUUGGCCUACAUUCAUGGCAAGGAAGCUCAGCACUCAGAUCACCCGUCUUCAGGAAGAGAAAAACGAGAAGGAGGCGCCUGAGUUGUGGUCGAAGCUGCAGCUGAAGUUUCCCAGCUUCUUUGAGAAUGUCGACAUAAAGCCGGCGUUGCUGCACGGCGACCUCUGGGGAGGAAACGUGGCGGAAUACGCCGACGGACCAGUGAUCUUCGAUCCAUCGAGUUUCUACGGCCACGCUGAGUACGACCAUGGCAUCGCGACGAUGUUUGGAGGAUUUUCGCACUCGUUCUUCAAAAGCUACCAUGAGCUAAUACCGAAGUGCGAGGGAUACGCGACACGACAGAAGAUCUACCAGCUCUUCAACUACUUAAACCACUGGAAUCAUUUCGGCGGCGGAUAUCGUGGAUCGUCCGUGUCCAUCAUGCGAGAGCUGGUCGCCUCGUGAGUCCAGCCUGCGAGUACGCGGACAGAGGGCGCCACGCGCCACUCCGACGAGGGUUGACGAUAUAUCCACGAUUGUGCAUAUAGAUGGCGCUGCAAGUCGCUCCGAUAUGCCUUGGCGAUAUGUCAGCGAGUGUUCAUACAGAUGGCACCAAAAAUUUCUCUGAUUCAAUUCAUUGGUAUCUCUGCAAGUGUGCAUGCAGAGGGCGCUACAAGUCGCUCCGAUAUGGCUUGACGAUAUAUCCGCGAGUGUGCAUACAGCUGGACCCACGCGUCACUUGAAUUCAGCUCAUCGAUAUAAUAUAUCUGCUAAUGUAUUAUUACGUGGUUGUAGAUACGUUGGGUGGUAGAUGCAUGUAGAUUUAUACUGCUGCUUGCGGCACAUUAGGUGCCUAUAAGGCAUAAGGCCUACAAACACCAUGUACACAACACUCGAUUUGUAAAUUGUUAUUCGACAAUCGUGCUUUUCGCUAGUCGGUUUUUGUAAUUUAGGUGAAAUGUCGGUGGUAUCAGGGUUCUCCAAGAGCACUUAUA